UGCUGGUGUCCCACUUCCCUUCCCCGCUGGAAAACGCCACAUCUGACGGGGAGGGAGAGACAGACAGCACCGCGGGGGAGUGUAAUCACCGACCACAAGAUGCUGGCGCUAAUAAACCGGCUGCUGGACUGGUUCAAGUCCCUGUUCUGGAAGGAGGAGAUGGAGCUGACGCUGGUCGGCCUGCAGUACUCCGGGAAAACAACCUUCGUCAACGUGAUCGCUUCUGGACACUUCAGUGAAGACAUGAUCCCCACAGUCGGCUUCAACAUGAGGAAGGUCACCAAAGGAAACGUCACCAUCAAGAUCUGGGAUAUAGGAGGCCAGCCGAGGUUCAGGAGCAUGUGGGAGCGCUACUGUCGGGGCGUUAACGCAAUCGUGUACAUGGUCGACGCAGCAGAUCGAGAAAAGGUGGAGGCAUCCAGAAACGAGCUUCAUAAUUUAUUAGACAAACCUCAGUUGCAAGGAAUUCCUGUUUUGGUACUGGGCAACAAAAGGGAUCUCCCCAGUGCGCUGGAUGAGAAGCAGCUCAUUGAGAAAAUGAAUCUGGCAGCUAUUCAGGACAGAGAGAUAUGCUGCUAUUCGAUUUCCUGCAAAGAGAAAGACAACAUUGAUAUCACACUUCAGUGGCUCAUCCAGCACUCAAAGUCUCGCAGGAGCUGAAAGCGCGGGAGCCGUGUUCCAGCCGUGUUUGCCAUGUUACUGUCAUGUCGCACCCUCAUUUACUCUGCAAUGAUGUACAGUCGUGUCGUCACUUCACAUGCUGCACUGUUCUGCUUCUGUCACGCGGUUGUGUUGGGUUUUUUUUUUCUCCUCCUCGUCACUUUGUGAGCGUUUCACAAGCCCAGACAAUGCACUACUAAACACAUAACUCUGGUACCAAAUUUAACGAUUGGCAUUGUACAAUUUAUGAAGUUAACCGCGAUUAAGAACCUAUUUCCUGUUCUACCUUUCCGCUCUUCAGGCAUUACCGUUAUGGAUCAUACCUAGAGUUGGGUGUACAGCUACGGUCUCUCAUAGGAGGAUUUAAUCUGUCAACGUAGUCGAUAUGAUGUCAAGAGAUGGCUGAUGUGGACACGCAGGUUUCCCCCGUUUCUGUCGAGCUCUUCGUCUUUGACCGUCAGCCUUUGCUUGAUCAGGUUCCCUUCUUUCAAGGACGCGUCUAUCGUUUUAGGAAAUCGUGCAUUCGGGCGAGCCAGUCGAAGCAGGUCUGUACAAAUAUCAAGCUAGUAUGAUUUUUACCGAUGUGGGAUGUGUGUGUAUGAAUAUAUGAUUCUAUUUAAAGUCUGAAUGUACUAAAAGUUAAAGGGGUUGUGUGGUUCGUGUCGGCCUCUGUUUGUGAGUAGCCUCAGUGGAACGAUGUCCUUUGUGCUGCCUCGAAGCUGAGAGAGUGGCAGGAUCUAAAGUGCCUUGUGCAGCGUCUCUCACCUCUGAAGCAAAGCAGCAUGCAAGGUGUGCCUACCCGGGUAGAGAUAAACACCACUUCAUUAUGUACGAGAAAUAAAAAGGCAUGCUUUUUAAUUUA